GAGUAGGUUGGAGCGGCCACGGCGGCCGGCACGGGUCACGUUUCCUCGGGAGGAACGAUGUGAGGGAGGGGUCUGGCAAGAGAUUGGAACUCCGGAGGCCGAGAGAUCUUGUGGCUGAAACCCUUCGAAGCAAUUGGAUAUUCUAGUUCGAAGCUGUUGGGAUGGCCACCAACUGGGGGAGCCUCUUGCAAGAUAAACAGCAGCUAGAGGAGCUGGCACGGCAGGCCGUGGACCGGGCCCUGGCUGAGGGAGUAUUGCUGAGGACCUCACAGGAGCCCACUUCCUCGGAGGUGGUGAGCUAUGCCCCAUUCACGCUGUUCCCCUCACUGGUCCCCAGUGCCCUGCUGGAGCAAGCCUAUGCUGUGCAGAUGGACUUCAACCUGCUAGUGGAUGCUGUCAGCCAGAACGCUGCCUUCCUGGAGCAAACUCUUUCCAGCACCAUCAAACAGGAUGACUUUACCGCUCGUCUCUUUGACAUCCACAAGCAAGUCCUAAAAGAGGGCAUUGCCCAGACCGUGUUCCUGGGCCUGAAUCGCUCAGACUACAUGUUCCAGCGCAGCGCAGAUGGCUCCCCAGCCCUGAAACAGAUCGAAAUCAACACCAUCUCUGCCAGCUUUGGGGGCCUGGCCUCCCGGACCCCAGCUGUGCACCGACAUGUUCUCAGUGUCCUGAGUAAGACCAAAGAAGCUGGCAAGAUCCUCUCUAAUAAUCCCAGCAAGGGACUGGCCCUGGGAAUUGCCAAAGCCUGGGAGCUCUACGGCUCACCCAAUGCUCUGGUGCUACUGAUUGCUCAAGAGAAGGAAAGAAACAUAUUUGACCAGCGUGCCAUAGAGAAUGAGCUACUGGCCAGGAACAUCCAUGUGAUCCGACGAACAUUUGAAGAUAUCUCUGAAAAGGGGUCUCUGGACCAAGACCGAAGGCUGUUUGUGGAUGGCCAGGAAAUUGCUGUGGUUUACUUCCGGGAUGGCUACAUGCCUCGUCAGUACAGUCUACAGAAUUGGGAAGCACGUCUACUGCUGGAGAGGUCACGUGCUGCCAAGUGCCCAGAUAUUGCCACCCAGCUGGCUGGGACUAAGAAGGUGCAGCAGGAGCUAAGCAGGCCGGGCAUGCUGGAGAUGUUGCUCCCUGGCCAGCCUGAGGCUGUGGCCCGCCUCCGCGCCACUUUUGCUGGCCUCUACUCACUGGAUGUGGGUGAAGAAGGGGACCAGGCCAUCGCCGAGGCCCUUGCUGCCCCUAGCCGGUUUGUGCUAAAGCCCCAGAGAGAGGGUGGAGGUAACAACCUAUAUGGGGAGGAAAUGGUACAGGCCCUGAAACAGCUGAAGGACAGUGAGGAGAGGGCCUCCUACAUCCUCAUGGAGAAGAUCGAACCUGAACCUUUUGAGAAUUGCCUGCUACGGCCUGGCAGCCCUGCCCGAGUGGUCCAGUGCAUUUCAGAGCUGGGCAUCUUUGGGGUCUAUGUCAGGCAGGAAAAGACACUCGUGAUGAACAAGCACGUGGGGCAUCUACUUCGAACCAAAGCCAUCGAGCAUGCAGAUGGUGGUGUGGCAGCGGGAGUGGCAGUCCUGGACAACCCAUACCCUGUGUGAGGGCACAACCAGGCCACAGGACCUUCUAUCCUCUGUAUUUGUCAUUCCUCUCCUAGCCCUCCUGAAGGGUAUCCUCCUAAAGACCUCCAGAGUUUUUAUGGAAGGGUAAAUACUGGUACCUUACCCCAGCUCUCCAUCUGAGGACCAGAAAAGUUGUGUUUCCCUUAGAUGAGAUCUAGAGGCCCCCAAAUCCUUGAGAUGUGGGUACAGCUGAGGGGAAGCUGCUCUGAAGUAAAGGUCCAUGAACCCUGCCCCACUCCUGUCAGCCCCUCAUCAGCCUUUUCAGCAGGUUCCAGUGCCUGACUUGGGAUAGGACUGAGUGGUAGGAGGAGGGGGAGUGGAGGGGCAUAGCCUUUCCCUAAUUCUGCCUUAAAUAAAACUGCAUUGCUGAUUCA